CGUCUCCUACUUGUUUUCUGUUCAGGCAUGCAGACUCUCGCCAAGAUUUUCGUCAUCUCCGGCCCUUCAGGCACCGGCAAAUCUACGCUUUUGAAGCGACUGUUUGCCGAUUACCCUGAAAACUUUGGCUUCACCGUUUCUCACACUACUCGCUCCAUGCGUCCCGGUGAAGUUAAUGGCAAGGAUUAUUAUUUCGUGGAAAAGGAUGUCAUGAUUAAAGAAGUGGCUGAGGGCAAGUUUGUCGAAAGUGCCACUUUUGCUGGCAAUAUGUAUGGUACUUCGAUCAUGGCUAUUGAGCAUGUGCUGGAAACUGGAAAGACGGUGAUUCUCGAUAUUGAUAUGCAAGGUGUCAAGGCUAUGAAGCAAACCGCAUUCAAACCUCGCUACAUCUUCAUCAAGCCUCCGUCCUUGGAAGUCUUGGAACAACGUUUGCGCGGUCGUGGUACCGAAACUGAGGAAAAGGUUCAAGCGCGUCUCAGCGCUUGCAAACAGGAACUCGAAUAUGCCGCGACUCCUGGCGCUUAUGAUCACAUCAUCGUUAAUGAUUCACUGGAAGAAGCUUACAAGAAGCUGAAGGAGGCCAUCUUUGUGCAACCCUAAGUCAACUGUCUCUCUUUAUUCUAUCCUCUCUUCUGUUUUGAUAAUAGUUAAUUAGACUUUGCAAUAAAUCAUGUACCUAGAUCAUCCGCGGGCUACUUUAAAGUAGUCGAUCGGCGUCCUAUAUAGAAUCGGCAAAGGAACCAAAGAUGCAGUAUGGAGAGCACUUUUGGUAACACAAAAGAUAAGGGCAAUAAAUAUUGAUAAAAUGCUUUUUAC